AAGCAGCCAUGCCCACUGAAACAGAACAAUAAUAAUGAUGAAGCAUACAUGCUCUGCAACCAGCACUCCAAAAAAGCAUAAUCAUCUCUCUCCAUCAAACCCUUCCUUCCCUUAAAUUUACUCUCUUAACACCACAAAUUUCUCAUUCUUCACAAUAACCAUGAAGCCUCUUUUUCUUAUUAUUUUCUUUCUUCCAUACUCUUCACCCUUAUUUGUCUUGUCUGCUGAUCCUCUUUCUCUGCAACUCAUUUCUCUUCUCUCCAUCAAGUCUUCUCUUCACGAUCCUUACAAUACUUUCCAUGAUUGGGACCAUUCCCACUCCUUCUCCAAGCCUAAUUUGCAGAACCCACUUUGGUGUUCAUGGUCUGGUAUCAAAUGCAAAUCCAACACUUCUCAAAUCAUUUCACUCGAUCUUUCUCUGCGUUCGCUUUCUGGUGUUAUUCCUCCUCAAAUCAGCUACUUAACCAGCUUAAUCCACUUGAACUUGAGUGCAAAUGACUUCAAUGGACCUCUCCAGCAAUCUGUUUUCGAGCUUCCGGAGCUGAGAACAAUCGACAUCAGUCACAACUACUUCAACUCUACUUUCCCACCUGGUAUCUCCAAGUUUAAGUUUCUGAGAGUCUUCAAUGCUUACAGUAACAAUUUCACUGGUCCCCUGCCCACAGAGUUUGUCAAGUUAAGGUUUCUUGAACAUCUCAACCUCGGAGGAAGCUACUUUAAUGGAGAAAUUCCAACUGAUUAUGGUAGUUUUCUAAGACUCAACUUUCUAUAUUUGGCUGGAAAUCUUUUAAAUGGAACAUUGCCACCCGAGUUAGGGUCAUUGACUCAGCUCGAGAGAUUGGAGAUUGGAUACAACAGCUUAAUCCAAGGCCAGCUUCCAGUGGAGCUCGCAUUGCUGUCAAAUCUCAAGUACUUGGACAUCUCAUAUUGCGAUCUCUCAGGCUCGUUAAUCCCUGAGCUUGGUAACUUAACUAAGCUUGAAAAUUUGCUACUGUUCAAUAACCAUUUCAGCGGCCAAAUCCCACUGAGCUACACCAACUUGAAAGCUCUACAAGUUCUGGAUUUAUCCAAUAAUCAACUCUCGGGCCCAAUUCCGGAGGGAUUAUCUUCUCUAAAAGCGCUAUCCAGGUUGAGUCUGAUGAACAAUGCGUUAACCGGUGACAUCCCGGACGGAAUCGGUGAGCUGCCGGAAUUAGACACGUUGCUUUUAUGGAACAAUUCAUUAACAGGAAUUCUCCCGCAAAAACUCGGCUCAAAUGGAAAAUUACUCACGGUAGACGUUUCUUCAAACUCACUCACGGGAACAAUCCCACCAACCCUUUGCCAAGGCAACAGGCUAUUCAAACUCCUCCUUUUCUCCAAUUACUUCAGUAAUAAUCUCCCUGAAAGCCUCGUCAACUGUAUUUCUCUUUCAAGAGUCCGAAUCCAGAAUAAUCAACUCAACGGUUCCAUUCCGUACGGUUUCGGCCUCUUGCCCAACUUAACCUUCAUGGACUUGAGUAACAACAACUUCAGCGGCGAAAUCCCUCAGGAUCUCGGCAAUGCACCCAGGCUCGAGUACUUAAACGUUUCUGACAAUUCCUUCCAAACAAUUUUACCCGGUAGCAUCUGGAGCGCUCCCAAUUUGAAGAUUUUAUCAGCAAGUUCAAGCAAACUUAUUGGAAAGAUUCCGGGUUUUAUAGGGUGUAAGAGUAUGUACAGGAUCGAGUUAUAUAACAACUUCCUUAAUGGCAGCAUACCUCGAGAUAUCGGCCACUGUGAGAAGCUUCUUUCAUUAAACUUGAGCAGAAAUUCGCUCACCGGUAUUAUUCCAUGGGAGAUUUCUACUCUUUCUUAUAUCACCGACGUUGAUCUUUCUCAUAAUUUUUUCACCGGCACUAUCCCUUCGAAUUUCGAAAACUGCAGCACGUUGGAGACUUUUAACGUUUCUUAUAAUCUUUUAACGGGACCGAUUCCGGCUUCAGGUCCGAUAUUUCCGAAUCUUCAUCCCUCCUCAUUUUUCGGAAACGACGGACUCUGCGGCCGAAUUUUAACCAAGUCGUGUCCAACUGAUACGUUGGACGCCAGCAACAUGGCGGUUCGUAGUCAUCAGCAGCAGCCGAAAAAGACGGCUGGGGCUAUCGUUUGGAUCAUGGCCGCCGCCUUUGGUAUAGGCUUGUUUGUUCUCGUCGCUGCGACCCGCUGUUUCCACGCAAAUUACAGCCGCAGUUUUAAUGACGAUCGAGAAAUCGGACCGUGGAAAUUAACCGCGUUCCAGAGGCUAAAUUUCACGGCGGAUGAUGUGUUGGAGUGUUUGUCUAUGACGGAUAAGAUUCUAGGAAUGGGGUCCACCGGAACUGUUUAUAAAGCCGAAAUGCCAGGUGGCGAGAUCAUAGCAGUGAAGAAGCUGUGGGGUACACAUAAGGAGCAUAUCAGACGGAGGAGAGGGGUGUUAGCGGAGGUGGAUGUAUUAGGCAACGUGAGGCACAGAAACAUAGUGAGAUUGUUAGGGUGUUGCAGCAACACGGAGUGUACGAUGCUGCUGUACGAGUACAUGCCAAAUGGAAAUUUAGACGAUUUAUUGCACGGGAAAAAUAAGGGAGAAAAUCUGGUUGCUGAUUGGUUAACAAGGUACAAAAUUGCACUUGGAGUGGCUCAGGGGAUUUGCUAUCUUCACCACGACUGUGACCCUGUAAUCGUUCACCGUGAUCUGAAGCCCAGUAACAUUCUUUUGGACGGUGAUAUGGAGGCCAGAGUGGCUGAUUUCGGCGUGGCAAAGUUAAUCCAAAGUGAUGAGUCCAUGUCCGUCAUUGCUGGCUCCUAUGGCUACAUUGCGCCAGAAUAUGCUUACACUCUUCAAGUUGAUGAGAAAAGCGACAUUUACAGCUAUGGCGUUGUUCUGAUGGAAAUUUUGAGCGGCAAGAGAUCGGUCGACUCAGAAUUCGGAGAUGGCAAUAGUAUAGUGGAUUGGGUGAGGUCGAAGAUCAGGAGAAAAGAUGGGAUUAACGACAUUUUAGACAAGAAUGCAGGGGCUUCUUGCACAUUCGUUAGAGAGGAAAUGAUGCAAAUGCUUAGAAUUGCAUUGUUGUGCACUUGUCGGAAUCCGGCAGAUCGGCCAUCCAUGAGAGAUGUGGUGUUGAUGUUACAGGAGGCCAAGCCAAAGAGAAAGUUGGUCGGAGAUAUAUUAAUGGGCGGUGGCGAUGUUAUGAUUAGUGUGGAUAAAAAUGAUGAUAUUUCAGUUCAAAAAUCAACAGUAGAAUGUUAAUAGAUUAAAUUUACGAGCUUUUUUUAUAUAUUUUUUUUGGGGUUCAACUUUCCGAUGGUGGGGAUUGGUAUAGAAGAAGUGAUUUUUUUUUU